CGCGACCCCGUCGCCUUCUUCUUCGAGAGCUCGCGAAUCCCCCUCCCAUCCAUGGCGCCGGGUUCUCCACAACAACGCCCACUCUCUCCGCACCGAAUCGAUCCCAAUUCCCCCACUCCGCCCCUUAAAUCCCCGCCCCCAUUCCCCUCUCCUCAUCGCUCGCCCCCUCUCCCGCGCUCGAUUCCAUGGCGGGGGCUCGGAUCUCGGCCGUGGUGCUGGAUCUCGACGGGACGCUCUUGGACACAGAGAGGGCGACGAGGGGGAUAUUGGGCGAGUUCCUAGCGAUGUAUGGGAAGGUGCCGGAUUUGGAGAAGGAGGAGAAGAGGUUGGGGCAGAUGCAUAAGGAGUCGGCGGCGGAGAUCGUGAGGGAUUACGAGCUCCCGAUGUCGGGGGAGGAGUUCUCGGAGGCGAUCAUGCCGUUGUAUAAGGAAAGGUGGCCGCAAGCAAAACCAUUGCCAGGUGUUAAUCGACUUAUCAGGCAUCUUCACAAGCAUGGGAUUCCAUUGGGACUUGCUUCAAAUUCCAUAAGGAAAUAUAUUGAAACAAAACUUUCGCAUCACAAAGAUUGGAAAGAGUCCUUUUCUGUCAUUCUUGGUGGAGAUGAUGUCAAUCAUGGAAAACCUUCCCCAGACAUAUUUCUAGAGGCAGCAAAGAGACUUGGUGCAGAUUCAUCAUCCUGCUUGGUUAUAGAAGAUUCUGUGGUUGGUGUUAGAGCUGCCAAGGCUUCUGGGGCGAAGGUAGUGGCUGUUCCAUCUCUCCAAAGUCAAGUGGAAAACUAUUCAAUUGCAAACUCUGUCCUUCAUUCCUUAUUAGAGUUUCAGCCUGAAUUAUGGGGCCUUCCACCGUUUGAAGAUUGGGUUCAAAAUACAUUGCCUAUCGAACCAUUACUUGUCAGGGACCUAUUUGGCGAGGUAGUUUCUGAUGCUAUCCUUUCAGUAAACACAGAAAAUUGUUCAUGCGAAUCUCUUCCUGACCAAUUGUGGGGAGUUCUCUUCGGUUGGGCGAAACUGGAAAAGCAUGGAACUUAUAAGAUGGUAGCGAGCAUUGGGUGGGACCUUUCUUUGGGUAUUCCUAAGAGAGUGAUGCGACUGAGUCUACUUGAUCCUAUCGAGAACUUCAAGGGGGAGCUGUUGCAUCUGCUUCUUGUUGGGUACAUUCGGAAGCUCCAAAAUGAGGAAAAUAUGUCUGAGGCUUUAAAAAUAUCGGAAGAAGAUGAGAGCAUCGCACGAGCCGCAUUAGAUCUCCCAGUUUUCGCACAUCAUGCAAACAACCUUCUCUUUGAAUAAGCUAUUCUUACUUUGCUUCAUCAUCGCGACUCAUUGAUGAUUCAAAGGACAGUUUUAGUUGUAUCUUUUAAGCAUAAAAUAGUUAGGCGGCUUCGCCAUGCUUGCACUUUAGAUGCUUUAAAAUUAAAAGCUUUUGAUAGAUUAGUGAAGUUAUUUUCACUAAACACCCUUGAGAACAUACUAUCAUCCUUCUUGUGUAUUGUCUAUUUUGGGUACAAAUUGUCCUGGUGAUCCUCAUCUUUUUGAUUA